AGGAAUGAGGGAGGGGAAAACUAAACAAACCCAUGUCUGUGUCAUUACAGUUUGCCAGAAGAGGAGGAAGAGACCAGAUCCAACAACUGCAUGCAAUAGAAAGACACAGAGCAACACGGAAGAAAUUAAGAAUAUUUAUAUAUUUUUUCGGAGGCUUUCAGUGAAAGAAGCAACAGAUCUUCUGGGCUGUGCUAUAUACCUAUACUGCGUUUCCGAUUACUUGUAGAUCCAGUGAAUGAUACGUCUAAAUCCUGUUCUGCAUUAAGGACUUCCCAGCAGAUCAUUAAUUUAGGAUCAUCAGAACAGUAUUUCCAGCAGCCAGGUUGGGUGUGAGUAUUGGUAUUCCAGGCUCUCCGGUAUAAUAAGUGGCUGCAGCUUCUGCUCUUUAGCGAUGUGUACUAGUGCCUGCGCCGAGUCUCCGUGUCCUGCCAGGCAGCAGCACUAAGGUGAGCAGCAGGAACGGAGAUCGACGAAACCUUCCGAAACUUUUCCCUGGAACAGGACCGCAGCUCUGUACAUGUGGAAGUUCUCGCCAGGUGUCUGAUCUGAAAGGGGGGCACACACCCACCUGAUCUGGUCUAAUUGCUUUGUUGUGGUUUCUCACUCGCUUUAUUGGAGAAUUAUAUGAGGAUCUUCGUUUGCAUUUGGAUUUAUACAAGGACGUUUAAUAAUACUUUUAUUUGCCAAUCUUCAUGAGAGCACUAGUAACUCACACCUUGCUAUACACAGUGCCCAGACUUGCUGUCACAGUAUUGAUCUAUUAGUGUCGCUGGGAGUGAUUGGAUACGAUCUAGUGCUCACGUUGCGCAGAGCACUUUUCCUCAGGGCUGUGCUGGAGAGGUGCAUAAAGCUUUAUUAUCCAGGAAGAGGAGGAGAGGGCCAAAGAGGGAGGAGGAAAGCGGCCAGGAGGUGGUGAACGAUGAUGCUGCGGUUCCUGCGGAGGACCUUUGGCCGGCGGUCGAUGCAGCGGCACGGAGGGAGAGCUGCGGCCGCCUCUCGCAUCGCUGCUGCUGCCAGAGAUGAAAGGGACGGAGGAGCAAUAGUGAUGAGGGCCACUGGAAGAGCAGCAUCCUCCGCUGCUGCUGGGUUGCUGUAUUCACACCAGACUCCUUUGCCUCCCCUAGUGGUUAGUGGAGGAACCACAGUCCACAUACCAGCGGCUGGGGAGAGCAAGUCAGUGCUAACGUGUAAGGUGCUUCUAUUGGACGGGAUAGACGUCAGCGUGGAUCUGCCAAAACAAGCCAAAGGGCAGGAUUUGUUCGACCAGAUUGUACACCAUUUGGACUUAGUGGAAACUGAUUAUUUUGGCCUACAGUACAUGGAUGCUGCCCAAGUAUCGCAUUGGCUGGACCAUACGAAACCUAUAAAGAAACAAGUAAAAAUUGGCCCUCCCUAUACAUUGCAUUUUCGAAUUAAAUAUUACUCCUCUGAACCAAACAAUCUUCAUGAAGAGUUUACAAGGUAUCUAUUUGUAUUACAGCUUAGACAAGACAUUCUUUCGGGAAAGUUGAAAUGUCCUUAUGAGACUGCAGUAGACUUGGCAGCUUGGUGUUUACAAGCUGAACUUGGUGAGUGUGAGCACCCAGAACACACCCCAGAACUGGUUUCUGAAUUCAGAUUUAUCCCGAAUCAAACUGAAGCUAUUGAGCUUGAUAUAUUUCAGAAGUGGACAGAAUGCAGGGGGAAAACUCCAGCUCAGGCAGAACUUUGUUACCUGAACAAAGCAAAGUGGCUCGAAAUGUAUGGUGUAAAUAUGCAUGUUGUAAAGGGGAAAGAUGGUUGUGAUUAUGCUCUUGGACUGACCCCAACAGGCAUAUUGAUAUUUGAAGGUUCCAACAAAAUAGGUUUAUUCUUCUGGCCUAAAAUUACCAAAAUGGACUUUAAGAAAAGCAAGUUAACCCUUGUGGUCGUAGAGGAUGAUGAGCAGGGAAGAGAACAGGAGCAUACGUUUGUUUUCCGCUUGGAUAACUCUAAAGCUUGUAAACAUUUGUGGAAAUGUGCUGUGGAGCAUCACGCAUUUUUCAGGCUUAGAACCCCAGCAAAUACUAAACCAGCACAAUCUGAAUUUAUUAGAUUAGGAUCAAGAUUCAGGUUCAGUGGGCGGACGGAAUACCAGGCGACCCAUGCCGGAAGGUUAAGAAGAGCUAGUACUUUUGAAAGGCGUCCUAGCAAGCGAUAUCCAUCUAGAAGACAUUCCACUUUUAAAGCUAAUAACCCAAUGAAGGCCCCUCAGCUCUGUACUAAAAAUACUUCUGAAAUGCAGAACUACCAGCAACAAUACCUUCCAAAUAUACAACCGAGUCAGCAGCACUGGCAUCCUCACACAUCUCCAAAUAUCAGGCCAUCCUCUCAUGACGACAGGGCACUAUGGAAACCAGCUUCCGGUGGAGAUGGGAGAAACACACGAUACAUUCAGGAUCAGAACCAGAAGAAUUUGGUUGAAAUUCAAAGCAUUAUGUAUCAAGACAAACUUAUGACAACUCUUUGAGAAUCACAGACUAAUUUCAUCCAUCACAGAUAUCCAUUGCAUUCAUGAAGUCAUCUGUCUGUCCAUCUGUAUCCAAGUAUUGCUUAAUGCAAAAAUCACAUAGAGCCUAAGCUAUCAGGAUUGAUCUCUAAGAUAGCAAAAUAUUCACGUCUCAUAUUGAAUGUAUACUCUCCCACAAUUGCACUUUGGACAAAUCUUAUAAAUCUAUUCACAUGCUACAUUUGAAAAGAUAAAUGGAUGGGUGUAGAAACAGUGGCAUUGAAUUUAAACGAAUAUGUCUAUUGCUAUGGACUAUCAUGAGCAAUAUUUAAACUAUUUACGUUUGGUGGAUAUAUUUUCAUAUGUACUUCUGUAAUGGCUGACACAAAGAUGUGGGGUUUGCUGUUUCUUAGGCCAACAUAUGAUCUUUACCAUCAAUCAAUAAAAUGUAGAGUGCAAAUAAACCAAAAUUCAUCUCUUCCAUUCUACAAAAAAGUGCCUUUUGGCGUUAACUCUUCAUUGCUAUUGAUUUAAUUUACUCAUCAUGGAAUAAUUAUAUAUAUAUAUAUAUAUAUAUAUAUAUAUAUUAUGUAUUAUAGCUAAAGUGGGUAAUGUAGACGUUAUUUAUAUAACCUUACAUUCACCAAAAAAGGGAAUAAAAUAUAAUAUUGAAUAUUACUUUUCAGACUAUUUAUAAUAUAAUCCUCUCCACAGAUAUAUCCAUUAGAGGCAGGAUCAAUAUGGGUGGAUCUGUGGGCAAUGUGUGUCUAUGGCAGGGGUGGGCAGUUAUUUCAGCUGGGGGGCCGCUUAACACUUCCAGUGAAUAGUCGAGGGCCACACACAAAAUAUCUUGUAAAUCGGGUCUGAACUGCGCAUGCACCGCUGUCCCUACCCCUCUUCCCCUGAACCUAUAUAGCAGUCCCUACCCCCCUUCCCUGAACCUAUAUAGCACAGUGGAAGGUGAUCCGCUGCCUGAUCCCCGCUGCCCGUGCUUCACGGAGUCGCUGCUGCUGCUCGGAGUCACUGCUGCUGUCCGCUCCUCAGAGUCAUUGCUGCUGUCCGCCACUCCUGCUGUGGCUCCGCCCCCCGUGCCACCCAGAGCAUGAAAUUACAGAGGAAAUCCCGGUCAGCAGACCCUGUGACGUGACCAGGAUUUCUUCAGCGGCGCCGCGUCUGGCAGCAGUGUAGCGCAAUGACAAGCGGCUCAGCAGUCGGGCCGCUUGUCAUUGCACACUGAUGGGAGACAGCGGGACAGGCAGGAUCGGUUCACGCGCCGCAUCUUGCCCACCCCUGGUCUAUGGUGGAGAUGUAUCAAACCUUAGAGAGAGUCAACCAAACCGCUUCUAAUUGUCAUUUUUGAAAUACAGCCUGUAAAAUGACAAAAGCUGUUUGGUUGAUACUUUAUCUCUCUUUGGGGAAGAUGUACUAAGUCUUGGAGAGAGAUAAAGUGGACGGAGAUAAAGUACCAGCCAAUCAGCUCCGAACUGCCAUGUUAAAGUCUGUUUUUAAAAAAUGGCAAUUAGGAGCUGAUUUACUAGCAGUUUAUUUCUCUGCACUUAUCGCUCUCCAAGGCUUAGUACAUAUGCCCAUCAAUCUCCAAGAUUUGAUACAUAUCCCCCUAUCUAUGCCUUAAUUAGAUUUGAAUACAUUUCUAGCAGGGUUAUUGAAACAGAAUAUUCAGUUUUUCUUCAUAAUGAAGCCCCACUCCAGCCCUACACUAAAUAUCACUUUGAUGCUGCUUGUAUCACUUGUUUUAUCCUAAGGAGCUCUGCAUGUAGCUACAUUGUCUGCCUGGACUGCACUGUGGACCUGAUUCUGAUUUGGGAAUAACGUAUGAAAAUGCAAGUAACUGUAGUACCUGAGCAAAACCAUGCUGCAAUGCAAGGGGUACAUGUACAUACAAUGUGGGGUAAAUACUAGCUGCUUUUGCAUGUAGCCCACAAAUACUAGAUAGCUUUAUUUUACAGUGCAAUUUAGAAUUUCAUUUGGACACACCUCAUCAGUACAACAUGGAUUUGACAAGGUGCACAAUUAUACCCCAUUACACUGCCUGCUUUUAACACUGGUUUUUGCACAUGAGUGUGCAUAACCCAUGUUGCUGCGCGGUGUAAAAGGAUCCAGUUGGAAUAAUCCAGGUUGAGUAUUCCAACACUUGUUUAACCCGGGAAGCUGUACUGUGUAAACUGGAGCCAGAUCGCAUUGACCCGGCUCCCGUUCACAGUGAAUAGACAGUCGGUGCUUGGAGAUCAUGUGAUCUCCAAGUGCUGCCCUUCCCCCUCCUGCGCCGCGUCGCCACUGACUUCACCAACCCGCCAAUAUGUCAGGUUGGAUUCAGCAGUGGGAAAGGGGCCUGAGGCUGGUGGCGCCCGGGAAGCACCCAUGUCAGGCUUCCGGAUGCGACCCGCCAUAUUCUGUGUAAGAGAGGUAUAACUUGCUCCUUCCUAAUUUAGUCUCAAAUCUGAAUCAAACUGUGUUACUAUCACACAAGCACUGCGCUAUACAUGAGCUGCCUGCAAUGCCUAUGUUACAAAACCUUACUUGCAUGUUAUGUAUUGGAAACUGAAUAGAUGUCAUACACGCACAUAAAGUGUCCUUACAAUUCACUUGAGACUAUGAUAAAAUUUAAUUUCUGACCAUGUCCAUAAAACGUGUUCUUUUUAUAUGUUGAUCAUUUUAAUAUAUUUAAAGGCUUUUCUCUGACGUCCUAGUGGAUGCUG